CUCCUCCGUCAAGGCCUCCCUCCCCUCGCUCGCUGCGCUGCGCCUCCCUCCGCCGCUUAUCGUGCGCCACCGUCGCUGGCGAGCUUCCCAAACCCUAGCGUUCUGAGAGAUUCGCCGUUAAAGGCCUCGUCUGGAUCCCUCAGAUAACCCACACGCUUCCAUUUUCAAUUCCCCGGGUCUCCCCCAAUCUCGAAGCCAUGCCGGAUCUCCGGCUCUCCGAUCGGCGGCGGAGCCUUUCGUGGUGAUUUCUGAAGAAAAGGAGAGAGCGCUUUCUCUUGGGUUUUGGUUUCUUUUGGAUUGAUUGAAUGAUGGAGGCGAUCGCGGCUUUAAGCUUGCAGUCGUCUCCUUGGAUCGGUUCUGAGAGGACUGGGAGGAAAACAGGCGGUUUCUUUAGGAUUCCGAGUGGAUUCUCCGAUGAGAGGAGGGUUAAGACGCUUAAAUUGGGAGAUUCGCGGUGGAGUCGAACUGCGGUUGGAUCCAGGCACCUGGAGUUGAAGAUUUCUUCUUCUUAUAAGAAAUCCGGAGAUAACUUUAAUAACUCAGUUGAUGAAGCCCUCAUACUAAAGAGAAAGUCGGAAGAUGUUCUUCCGUACUUGAAUGGACGGUGCAUAUAUCUAGUUGGAAUGAUGGGAUCUGGGAAGACUACAGUGGGAAAGAUAUUAUCAGAAGUGUUAGGUUAUUCUUUUUUUGACAGUGACAAAUUGGUUGAGCAGGCUGUUGGCAUAGCUUCCAUUGCUCAGAUAUUUAAGGAGCAUAGUGAGGCUUUUUUCAGAGAUAACGAGAGUAAAGUGCUAAGGGACUUGUCUUCAAUGCACCGUUUAGUUGUUGCAACGGGAGGUGGUGCUGUGAUUCGACCAAUCAACUGGAAAUAUAUGAAACAAGGGAUAACCAUUUGGUUAGAUGUUCCUUUGGAUGCUCUUGCGAGACGGAUUGCUGCUGUAGGGACUGAUUCUCGCCCUCUUUUGCAUCAAGGAUCUGGUGAUCCCUACAAAAAGGCUUUUGUGAAACUCACUACACUCUCCGAACAAAGGGGCAAGGCCUACACCAAUGCCGAUGCAAGAGUUUCCCUUGAAUAUAUAGCGGCUCAACAGGGUCAUGGUGAUGUUUCUGCACUUACACCUACUGCUAUCGCUAUUGAGGCACUAAUGAAGAUUGAAUGUUUUCUUAUAGAGAAUGCGGUUGUUAGUAAUAGUUCACACCUUCAGGAAUGAAGGCCUAAGAUUCCCUGGUUCUUGUAGUGUGCCUUCUACCUUUUCACUGAUUGUUCAUUCAAGUGUAGUACCUACAUGGCCCAACCAACUUAAAUGAAUAAACUUGCGUUACAAUGCUCAACAGCUUCAAAAGGGCCUAAUUGGCCCUUUAGUUGGCAUGUUUGUGAUUGUGAUGUGGAAUAACAUAUGCAGGAGGCUUGCAUUCAUCUCAUACUGACCAUGUAUAAGUUCAUUUUUUUUAUAUGAUUGUUAGCAUAAUUUCAUAUUCUGAAACAUUUUCUUGAUGUGUAACUUAAAUUCCUUUUGUUUUGUAGAUCCUGACCUUGGUAUGAUCUUGCUCUUUAGCUGCUGGUAAACUAAACUUAUCAUUCUUUUAAGUCAUGAAUCAAGUGAACUGGGACUUACCCCAAUGGUCGCAUCUCUGUGCUUAAUAAAAGACGAUGGGUUCAAAUUU